GGGCGGGCUCUGCCAGCUGUUGGCCAGCUGUUGGCCAGGUUUGUCGGAGGGCGGGUUCUUCUCUGUGAAGGUUAAGUAGCUGCCCGCAACGGAGCAGAGAGAGCAGUCUCCAUCAGUCCUCUAUCAGUCCUCCUCCGACUCUCUCUCCACCUCUCUGGCUCUGACUCUGACUCGCAGAGAGACUGGGACUUUUAUACCGGGGCUAUAUUUAGGGGGCUGUCCGGCCGGCUCGCAGCGUCUCCAUCCUGGACACGCUUCCUUCCCCCAGACUCGCAUUGGUCCGAUCUGCGCUGCGAAACAAUACUUAGAAGACUAGCAGCUCCUUCCACACGCACAGCUGCAGAGCAUGAAGUGACGAGCAGCAGCAGCAGCUCCUCGGACCGCAGAACAAGAAACGCGCUCUUUUUCUGGAGACUCAGCGGACUCUGGUGAUUUCCUCUAAAGCGGAGAGAAGUGUAUUAUCUCAAUAUCUGAGGACUUUUUAAAACUUUUUUUUUUCUUUUUAAAUAACGCAUGGAAAUGGCCUUGAGUGGGACAAUUUUACCAUCAAUCUCUACAUUUGCCAACCAAAAGGAGAAAUUUUGGGAAGACAGGUGGAAGGACUCGAGCGGCGCUGCGCUCCACAUGGACAGCAGCAGCUGCCUCGGCAGGAAAGACGAAGAGGACCUGGACAAGUUCUUAGAUCUGGAGUUUAUUCUCGCUAACACCACCGUGUCCGAAAGCGCGCCAGCCGCAGGGACUGGAGCAGAGUCCUACCGGCUCCAGGACUCCGCGGUGUCCCUCUAUCACCAGCAGCAGCACCAGCAGCACACCGGGACCAGUUACUCCUCCGUCCAGGACAUGAACAACCCACCGCCGCCCUACACCAGCCUGAUGGCGGAGCUCCUCCGCUCCGACGUGGACAGCAGCUUCCUCCCCGGUAGCGGCUCCAGCAUCCAGGGCCGGUUCCUCAUCAGCUCCUCAUCGUCUUUCCACACCACUCAGGAUUUAUUCCCCGAGCAUCCGAACAUUAAAGUGGAGCCCGUCUCCAUGGACACGUACGGACCCGUCCUGGGUCUGGCUCCUCAGAGCUGCACCAAGGUGAAGCAGGAGGGCAGCGGGUCGUGCAUGAUGUCCUACGAGCAGCAGCCGCGGCUCGCCACCUCUCCUCAGGCCGCCGCGGGCAGCAUGACGCCGCCGCUCAGCCCGGACGACCUCGACCUCAUGACCUCCGAGAGCCACCAGACACACAUGAUCUCCUCCACCUCGCUCACCUUCCCGCAGAGCUUCCACCCGCACCACCCGCACCACCACCACCACCGCUGCGCCUCCGGGGGGUUCCCGCACCCGCACACCGCGGGGAUGCAGCUGCCGUUCCCGGUAGCGGCGCACCACCAACACCACCACCGGUUCACCGGCAUGUUCCCGGAGGACGCAGCCAUGAGCCUCCAGCAGCAGCAGCAGGUGACCCAGCAGCAGCAGCCUCUGGCCGGUCAGCGGGUCCUGCUCACUCCGCCGUCCUCCCCGCUGGACAUGAUGGACACCAAGCCGAAGAGGGGUCGCCGGUCUUGGCCGAGGAAACGGACCGCGUCGCACACCUGCACUUUCGCCGGCUGUGGGAAGACGUACACCAAGAGCUCCCACCUGAAGGCGCACCUCAGGACGCACACAGGAGAGAAACCUUACCACUGCAGCUGGGAGGGCUGCGGCUGGAAGUUCGCUCGUUCCGACGAGCUCACGCGUCACUUCCGGAAGCACACCGGACACCGGCCGUUCCAGUGUCACCUGUGUGAGCGUGCCUUCUCCCGGUCCGACCACCUCGCGCUGCACAUGAAGAGGCACAUGUGAGGAGAGAGAGCAGACAAGGACUUCUAAGCUCCUCUGAUCAGCUAUAGAAGGACGCUGUGCUCAGAUACAGACUCAAGUUCCUACAGGAGCAUCAACUAGAGUGUUACCAUGGCAACAUAAAGUGCCAUACAGUGUGAUGACACCUAUAGGAACACCUAUAGGAAUAUGACAGUGGUUGUUCAGUGGGGCAAAAGGAGCAUCCAGAUGAGAUGACCCUCAAAUUAUAUUUUGUGAACAGAUUUAUUUAAAUGUUAUUUUUGAGAGACAAACCACAAACCAACAGCCAGACCGACAGAAACAGAUGAAUUCUGUUCAGAUUAAAACUCUUUUUUUAAAAACUAUGUAGCUGGUACUACUUCUUUUGUAUUGAAUGCUGUUUAUAUAGACGACAAAUUAAAGGAACAUUCCACUCAACAUGUCAGGAACAUGCCACUGAAGCAACUGGAAGCAGACAAUCCUUUGAAGAGCAAUGUGUUUUUUGUACCAUUAGUGUCUUUUUAUAACACGUUAUUACACAUCUUACGAGUGCCAUAUUCUCCACUGGCUAGAAGACAAUCAAAGGUUUAUUCUGUGUGUUAUAUCGUCAGUGUAAACAGCAGCACGUGAAAUAAGCUUUGAGACAAUGUUUUGUUCUGAAACUGCCUUUCAUUCUGUCCGCCCUGAAGGAACAGGAUGUCGUUGGUGUGUGUGCGAGUGUGUCUGUUGUCUGCUAGCGUCUGAAGUCAGGGUCUUACAGUAAGAAGUCUCACAGCCAUCUCAGCGCCACCUGAUUGACAAAGGGCUACACGGUCUUUAGCAAAAAAAAGACUUUUUCUUUGUGUCUUGAAGAAAUGUACUGCCUUGUAAAUUCAAUCUUUUUUAUAUAAUGUAAAUAGUUUAUUUUAAUGUACAUAUUAAACUAAAUGAAAGUGA